CCCGAGCUCCUCUCCCCGGAACAGGCCCCCGACAGCUGCUCGGCGGAGCCGCCCCCGACACCCGAGCUGGGCGCCGCCCACUGCCUUCCCCGGGGCCCCGAGCCCGGGAGCCGGCAUACCUGGGGCCCCCGCUGGCCGGACGGAAGACAUGCCGCCCCCUCCCCCGGGGGCCUGACGGAUUGGGAAGGAUGGGCCGAGGCCCCCCGACCUCGAGGCUGCCCUCUCUUCUGCUGCUGCUGCUGCUGCUGCUGCUGACCCUGGGGCCGUGGGCCACACCUGCGCAGGCCGACAUGGACGGACACUUUGACCCCGCCAAGUGCCGCUACGCGCUGGGCAUGCAGGACCGCACGAUUCCCGACAGCGACAUCUCCGCGUCCAGCUCUUGGUCCGACUCCACGGCCGCCCGGCACAGCAGGCUGGAGAGCAGCGACGGGGACGGAGCCUGGUGCCCGGCGGAGCCCGUGUUCCCGGCGGAGGCCGAGUACCUGCAGGUGGACCUGCGGCGGCUGCACCUGGUGGCCCUGGUAGGGACUCAGGGCCGGCACGCUGGGGGACUGGGCAAGGAGUUCUCCCCCGGCUACCGGCUCCGCUACUCACGAGAUGGCCAUCGCUGGAUGUCCUGGAAGGACCGCUGGGGACAGGAGGUGAUCUCGGGGAACGAGGACCCCGGGGGGGUGGUGCUGAAGGACCUGGGCCCCCCGCUGGUGGCCCGUCUCGUCCGCUUCUACCCCAGGGCCGACCGACUCAUGAGCGUGUGUCUUCGCGUGGAGCUGUACGGCUGCCUCUGGAAGGAUGGUCUGCUGUCCUACACAGCACCCGAGGGCCAGACUAUGUACUUGUCAGAGGCCAUACACCUCAAUGACUCCACCUACGACGGCUACUCGGUUAGCGGGCUUCAGUACGGGGGCCUGGGCCAGCUGACGGACGGCGUGCUGGGUCUGGAUGACUUCCGCCGGAGCCGGGAGCUGCGGGUGUGGCCGGGCUACGACUACGUGGGCUGGGCCAACGCCAGCUUCCCCCACGGCUACGUGGAGAUGGAGUUCGAGUUUGACCGGCUCCGGGCCUUCCGGGCCAUGCAGGUCCACUGCAACAACAUGCACAGGCAGGGUGUUCGCCUCCCGGGCGGCGUGGACUGCCGCUUCAAGCGGGGCCUGGCGUCGGGCUGGGAAGAGGAGCCGGUACGGCACACGCUGGCCGGGGGACUCGGGGACCCCAGCGCCCGGGCCGUGGCCGUGCCCCUCGGGGGCCGCGUCGCCCGCUUCCUGCAGUGCCGCUUCUUCUUUGCCGGGCCCUGGCUGCUCUUCAGCGAGAUCGCCUUCCUCUCCGAUGUGGUGAACGGAUCAUCUCCGGUCGAAUUCUCUCUGCCCUCAGAUGGCAGCGCCCCUCCUGCCCCCGGUCCAGCCCCCACCAACUUCAGCAGCCUGGAGGCCGAGCCGCGGGGGCAGCAGCCGGUGCCCAAGGCGGAGGGCAGCCCCACGGCCAUCCUGAUCGGCUGCCUGGUGGCCAUCAUCCUCCUGCUGUUGCUCGUCAUUGCCCUCAUGCUCUGGAGGCAGCACUGGCGCCGCUUGCUAGGCAAGGCGGAGCGGCGGGUAUCGGAGGAGGAGCUGACCGUCCACCUCUCCGUCCCCGGAGACACUGUGCUCAUCAACAACCGGCCCGGCCCCUGCGAGCCGCCCCCCUACCAGGAGCCCCGGCCCCGCGGCGGUGGCGGCGGCCCCCCUCCCGGGCCCAGCGCCCCCCACAAUGGCUCUGCGCUGCUGCUCUCCAAUCCGGCCUACCGCCUUCUCCUGGCCACUUAUGCCCGCCCCCCCCGCGGCCUCGGGCACCCCACGCCCGCCUGGGCCAAACCCACCAACACCCAGGCGUGCACCGGGGACUACAUGGAGCCGGAGAAGCCCGGGGCACCCCUGCUGCCCCCGCCCCCCAGCAGCGUGCCGCACUACGCCGAGGCCGACAUCGUCACCCUGCAGGGCGUCACUGGGGGCAACACGUACGCCGUGCCGGCCCUGCCCCCCGGGGUGGUGGCCGACGGCCCCCCCCGCGGGGACUUCCCCCGUUCCCGCCUCCGCUUCAAGGAGAAGCUUGGAGAGGGCCAGUUUGGAGAGGUGCACCUGUGCGAGGUGGAGAGCCCCCAGGACCUGCUCAGCCUCGAGUUCCCCCUCAACGUCCGCAAGGGCCGCCCCCUGCUCGUGGCCGUCAAGAUCCUGCGCUCCGAUGCCACCAAGAAUGCCCGGAACGACUUCCUGAAGGAGGUGAAGAUCAUGUCGCGGCUCAAGGACCCCAACAUCAUCCGCCUGCUGGGUGUGUGCGUGCAGGACGACCCCCUCUGCAUGAUCACCGACUACAUGGAGAACGGCGACCUCAACCAGUUCCUCAGUGCCCACCAGCUGGAGGACAAGGUGGUGGCCGGAGGCCCGGGCCCGGGGCCCGGAGGAGCCGCCCAGGGACCCACCAUCAGCUACCCGAUGCUGCUGCACGUGGCGGCCCAGAUCGCCUCGGGGAUGCGCUACCUGGCCACGCUCAACUUCGUUCACCGCGACCUGGCCACGCGCAACUGCCUGGUCGGGGAGCACUUCACCAUCAAGAUUGCCGACUUCGGCAUGAGCCGCAACCUGUACGCCGGGGACUACUAUCGGGUGCAAGGCCGGGCCGUGCUGCCCAUCCGCUGGAUGGCCUGGGAGUGCAUCCUCAUGGGCAAGUUCACGACGGCCAGCGACGUUUGGGCGUUUGGGGUGACCCUGUGGGAGGUCCUGACGCUGUGCCGGGCCCAGCCCUUCGGACAGCUGACGGACGAGCAGGUCAUCGAGAACGCCGGCGAGUUCUUCCGGGACCAGGGCCGACAGGUGUACCUGUCUCGCCCCCCGACCUGCCCGUCGGCCCUCUACGAGCUCAUCCUCCGCUGCUGGAGCCGGGAGCCCGAGGAGCGGCCCCUGUUCCCCCAGCUGCACCGCUGCCUGGCCGAGGAUGCUCUCAACACGGUCUGAACCCCAGCGGCCGGGACACAAGAGGAACCCCCCCCCCCCCCAUGCCCUCCCCUGCUACCCUCUUCCUCA